AUGAGUUACAUAGAAAAACAAAUUAAAAAUAUAGAAAAUAAUAUAGUUGUUCAAGAAAAAAAAAUAAAGAAUUUAGAAAAAGAAAUAGAGGAAAUAAAAAAUGAGUCUAAUAUAAUUUAUGAAAAGCUUAUAAGGCAACAAGAUAUUUUAUUAAAAAAAAAAGAAGCAAAUAUAUUAACAGAAUUGAAAGUAAAUAAUUUAAAAGACGAAAAUAUUAAAGUGUCUAAAAGUAUAGAGGAUACUAGUUUUAAGAUAGAUUCCUAUUUUGAAGAAUUGAAAAUUAAAAAAUUGGAAAUAAAAGAAAAUACAAAAAGAAUAGAAGAGAUAAAUAAUAUAAUUAAAAAAAAUGCAUUUUAUGAUUUAAAAAGUAAUAAGACAUUCUUAAUUUUAAAUGAUUUUCUUAUAAAAAAAAAAGAACAUAAUAGUUACUUGGAAUCAUUUCUUAAAAAAAAAAAAGAUAAAAUUGAAGUGCUAAUAAAUGAAAUUAAAAAAAUAAAUAAUAACACUUUUUCUUUGUGUCAAAAUAUUAUAUCUUUAGAUAACAAAUUAAUUUCUAAUUUAUAUAGCAUAAAAAAUUACAUAAAUGAAGAAAUAAAUAAUUAUCAGAUAAAAAGGGAAAAAAUUAAUGAAAAUUCUAAUUCUGUACUAUGUUUAAAUUUAAUAACUAAAAUAAUAGAAAAACAAAAAAUAAAAAAUUUAUUAUUACAUAAUAAUUUUAACGUUAAUAGUAAUAUACAAACAAUUAAGAAUAGCAUAUAUCAAAAAAAAAGUAAUGAAACAAAAUUAGAGUUAGAAUUAAAUACACAAGAAUUUCUAGAAUUUGAAAAAUUUUUAUCAUGA